AUGAAAUUUUUAAUUAUGCCCAAAUAAUAUUAUUUCAAAAUGUAACGUAAAAUUGUUUGUAGAAAUGUAGCCGUUCAAGACAAAGGCAGGGCUGUGUUUUUAAACGAGACCGCGACAAAAAAUGCCACAGGAAGAGUUCGAAAAGUUGCAUGAGAUGUUUCAGUCUCUGCAUGAGGAGAUGAAGCGGAUGCUCCAGCGAGCUCCUCUUUGCUAUGGAGAGGAGAAGAAGCGGUUGAUGAAAGACUUCAGUGGCAGAUACAGGGAGGCCGAAGAGAUGUUACGAGAGAUGGACGAGGCGCUGCUGGAUGUCCCUGCUGCCUUCCGGAACCCAAUGUCCUCCAAGCUGCGCUGCUACCGCAGAGACAUAAUCAAACUGCAGAGGGACAUGAAGAGUUAUGAUCUCAGCUCAGGGUUCUCGGGCUGGCUCAAGGAAGGCCAGCAUGGGGCCUACACGUCCCACAGAACACAGUUACAGUCCCAGAGGGUAUUACUUCUCCUGGGGACGGAGUCCCUGCACCACGCAACACAAAGCAUCAAACGCAGCCAGCAUAUUGCUGCAGAGAGUGAGCACAUUGGCAGCGACAUCGUUGAGGAAUUAGGAGAACAGAGAGAGCAGCUGGACCGUACGCGGGACCGGCUCAUUCAGACUGGAGAAGACCUCAGCAGAAGCCGUCGGAUCAUGCGAUCAAUUUCUCGCCGAGUGAUGACAAAUAAAAUGCUACUGUCUCUCAUCAUCCUAAUGGAAAUUGGCAUCCUGGGUGCGGUCGUCUACUUGAAGUUUUUUCACAAGUAGGACAAGUACAAGAUAAUUGCAGUUCCAGCCUCACUUCACUAACACCCCAAGCUCUUGAAUUCACCAGCGCAUAUCUCUGAGAAUCCUGACUAGAAUCUCUAAACAAGGCUACAAACUCACAUUUCCUACACAUUAACAAAAAUUGUCUGACAUAGGUCUUUAGCUACAUACAUUUGU